CUCCAGGCACUUUGUGGUCGUGUGCGGCGAUUUAGUGUUCCUCGUAUCUCAAAUUAAGAUUGCAUCUCAACGCAAAAUAUAACAUAUGACCUAUGUCUCGUCUUCCAAAAAAUACAUGCCAAGUUCCAUCAUCGUAACAGUUUCCCUGAUAGGGUCGUUGCAUGUUAUGAUUCAGUUCCAUUGUAGACACCAUCUUAAACGGACGCGUAAUCGAACAACGCUACAACAACAUGUGGCCGUGCGUAAGGCCAUUAAUGGUGAUAAUCUUCGUAGGUGCUGCUCAUGGAAUGCUGAUCGUGGGUCCUAAAUUCAUUCGGGCCAAUCAGAACUACACAGUUGCGGUUAGUAAUUUUUUACCACAUCUGAGCAAGAUAAAGUUAAUGAUGCGGUUGGAGGGCGAACCAGACGAUGGUAGAGCGAUUCUUAACUUAACGGAGAUAAUUGAAGUGUGGCGGAGGACGACUAAAGAUAUUACCUUCCAUUUGCCUGAAGACUUAUCAGCUGGGAAUUACCGAAUCAUCAUUGACGGACAACGUGGCUUCAGCUUUCACAAGGAAGUCGAUUUGGUGUUCCUCAGCAAAACCAUAUCAGGUUUAAUACAAAUUGAUAAGCCCGUGUUCAAACCAGGCGAUACGGUUCAAUUUCGUGUAAUAGUGCUGGACGCUGAGUUGAAACCUCCUUCGCGUGUAAAAACAGUUUACGUAACGAUCAGUGAUCCUCAAAACAAUGUUGUCCGGAAGUGGUCCUCGGCAAGAUUGUACGCCGGAGUGUUUGAGAAUAACCUUCAAAUCGCGCCAACUCCAAUGCUCGGGAUAUGGAAAAUCUCGGUAUCAGUGGACGGAGAAGUACUCGUGUCCAAGACAUUCGAGGUAAAGGAGUAUGUUUUGUCCUCGUUUGAUGUAGAGGUGGUACCAACCGAUGUUCCUCUGGAGGAGGACCAAAGUUUGAGUCUGACGAUAGCAGCCAACUAUCACUUCGGAAAACCAGUGAAAGGGCAUGUCAAAGUGGAGCUGUAUUUGGAGGACGAUAAGCGAGAUCAGGUGAAAGAGUUCGACAUGUCCGGGAUUGGACAGGUGAAUCUCCGUUUCAAUGAAGAACUGGAACUGUUCAACGAUCAACAGGAUGUGCGUGUAAAGACGACCUUCGUGGAGCAGUUUACAAAUUGGACUGUGGUGAAAGAAUCUCAAAUCACUGUGUACAAAUAUCCGUACCGCGUGGAACUGAUCAAGGAAAGUCCACAAUUCCGUCCAGGACUUCCCUUUAAAUGUACGCUUCAGUACCGAUAUCACGAUGGAACACCUGCUAAAGGUGUAACCGGUAAGGUGGAAGUGGUGAAAAUCGGAUACGAAACAACUGCCACUAGUGAUGAGGAAGGUUUGAUCAAACUGGAGCUGAAUCCGAGCGACCAUAUAGAGCAGAUGUAUAUCACCUUUUCCAACAAAUAUGGAUUCCUCCUUAACGAGCGAGUGGACAAAAUGGAUGUUGCCACAAAUGCGUUCCUCAAACUGGAAUUAAAAUCUCCUGUUACGUUGCAUAGUAUGUUGCGAUUUGUCGUUACAUGUAGCGAUGGUGUUAAAUUCUUCGCGUACUACGUUGUGUCGAAGGGCAACAUCGUUGAUUCCGGUUUUAUCAGAACGAACCAGCAGACCAAUCAUCCGCUUCGGUUCAUGGCCUCUGAGAAGAUGCUACCGAAAGCAAAAAUUAUUAUAAUAACCGUAGCUAACAAAAUGAUGGUUCACGACGUUCUGGACAUAAAUUUCAAAGAGCUACAAAACAAUUUCGAGUUGAGCAUAGAUAAGCAGCAUGUAAAGCCGGGAGAGCAAAUCGAACUCCGAAUGUCUGGACGACCGGGAGCGUACGUGGGAUUGGCUGCAUACGACAAAAAUUUGCUGUACUACAACGCGAACCAUGAUAUAUUCUGGGAGGACGUCAUGCAAUUGUUUGAAGGAUUUCAUACGAUCGAAGAGAAUGAGUUUCAUAGCACAGGACUGUUCGCUAGGACGUUGGAUGACAUCAAGUUCAGUGGAUCCCACGAUAUGUCGGCACGACAUGGACCGCAGACAAGCAAUCCCAAUAUCAAAUUGCCCUUGUACCGGACAAACUUUCCAGAAUCGUGGUUAUGGAAGAAUGUGACCAUUAGAAGAUCUGGAACGCGUACAAUUUACGAGGAUGUGCCAGAUUCGACCACAUCUUGGUACUUGACGGGGUUCUCCAUUGAUCCGGAGUAUGGUUUUGGCAUCAUCAAAAAGCCCAUUGAGUUCACAACGAUCCUACCAUUCUACAUCAUUGAGAAUCUUCCGUACUCCAUCAAACGAGGUGAAGUCGUCGAAUUGCAUUUUACACUGUUUAACAAUCUUGAAAGAGAGUACAACGCUGAUGUGACGCUGUACAACGUGUUGAAUCAGAUGGAAUUUGUUGGACGUCCUCUGGAAGCUGAAAACUACACGAAGUCCGUGAGCGUUCCUUCAAAGCUUGGUGUUCCAAUCUCAUUUCUGGUAAAGGCGCGAUCACUCGGAGAAAUCACUGUACGGAUUGAAGCUACGAUUAAGUCUAUUCAAGAAAGUGAAGGAUUGGAGAAAGUGAUCCGAGUUACGCCUGAAAGUUUGCUACAGCUGAGGCACGAAUCUCAAUCGUUCUUCCUCAAUAAAUACAGCAAUCGUACCUUCCCUAUUGAUUUAGAUAUCAAAUGGUUGAAGGUAGACAAAGGUUCGGUAAAGAUUAUGUUCCGAGUGAAUCAUCAGCUUCAAAAACCUGCUAUAACAAACUUGGAUGAUCUGCUUACUGCCUCGUAUGGUAAUGGAGAGCAGAACAUGGUUAACUUUGCACCAAACAUCCUGUUGCUCGACUACCUGUAUGCUACUGGUUCGAAGGAACAGAAUCUCAUCGAUAAAGCUACCUAUUUGGUGCACCAAGGCUGCCAAAAUCAGACGCGUUAUCGUCAGACAGAUGGAUCAUUUGGUGUAUGGCAAAAUAAGGGUGGCAGCGUCUUCCUUACCGCUUUUGUCGUUAAAUCGAUGAAAACUGCGUCGAAGUACACAAACAGGGUCGAAAUAACUUUGGUCGAGAAGGCUUAUGAUUGGCUUGCUUCGAAGCAGCACAGCUCUGGAAGGUUCGACGAAGUCGGUUACGUGAUGUAUAAAACAAUGCAAGGCGGUCUACGAAAUGGCAUUUCACUGACAUCUUUCGUGAUAACAGCGCUUCUAGAGAACGAAAACGCCAAAGUGAAGCACGCGGCAGUGAUCCAAAAGGCAAUGCACUAUAUAAGCACACAAAUAGAAUCCAUCCAGGAACCUUACGAUUUGUCCAUUGCCACCUAUGCAUUGAUGUUGAACGGACACAGCAUGAGAGACAAGGCAUUUGAUAGGUUAUUAACCAUGUCUUCCUUUUCGAAUAACUUUACGGAACGGUAUUGGAACACGACGAAUAGCAUAGAAGCGACCGGUUAUGCGUUGUUGUCAUUUGUAUUAGCGGAGAAGUAUGUGGACAGCAUUCCAGUGAUGCGAUGGCUAGUAAAUCAACGCUAUUUUACCGGAAGCUUCCCGCACACUCAGGACACUUUCGUGGCGUUGACGGGAUUGACAAAGUUGGCGGCAAUAAUCUCUCCGUCGCGGAACGACUACACCAUACAGCUGAAGUAUAAGAUGGCUACGCGGUAUUUCCAUAUAAGCUCUGAAGACAUUAAUGUUAUCGACUUCGAGGACAUACCGGAGUUCACAAGGUCUCUGAAGAUCAAUGUUGGUGGUAUCGGAUUCGGAUUGUUGGAGGUGAUCUAUCAGUACAGAUUAAAUCUCAUGUACUUCGAGCACCGAUUUAAGCUGGAUGUAGAGACACAAAACACGAGCUCAGACUACGAACUGCAGCUGAAGGUGUGUGCAAACUUCAUACCAUUAAUUCAGGACAUUCGAUCAAACAAGACUCUGAUCGAGGUGUACUUCCCUAGUGGAUACGUUGUCGAUCAGAAUCCCAUCAGCGAGCAAUCUUCCAUUAAUCCGAUACAGAACACCGAAAUUAUGUACGGCGGCACAUCCGUUGUUGUGUAUUACAACAACAUGGGCAUCGAGCGGAACUGCUUCACCGUGACUGCUUACAGACGGUUGAAGGUGGCUCUGAAGCGUCCAGCAUAUGUGGUCGUGUACGAUUAUUACGAUCCCAAUUUGAAUGCUAUAAAAUUGUACGAAGUGGAUAAACAAGAAGUUUGCGAAAUAUGCGACGAAGGUGAUUGUCCCAAGGAAUGCAAAAAAUAUUGAUUAACCUUUUUCAAAUUACAAACGAGCAAUAAAAUGCUUCUUCCAAGAAAAAGUACCCAAUUGAUGUUAAUUCGGUUUUGUAGGUUUUGCCUAAUUACAUGCUUAGUGUUUAGUGAAAUAAACUAAAUUUAAAACCUGUUUGUUGAUAAAUGUUACUUAAACAAUAAUAACAAUUAAUACUG